AUAUUGGUCCCUAGGUACGGUGCGUUGUGAUUAUUUUCGAUCGAAUUUGUGCGAGAAUGGCCGACACAGCCAAAAAGGCGACAAAGAAGACACCUCCGGUGGCUGCUGCGGCUCCGAAAAAGCCUGCGGCAGUCAAGAAGCCUGCUGAAGUGUCUUCUGACCCAGAGGUCCGUCACGUAAACCCCACGCCGAAGGUUCGGCUCCACGCUAAAGCCGUCUUCACAGGAUUCCGUCGCGGACAGAGGAAUCAACGAGUGCACACGGCCCUUCUCAAGAUCGAAGGCUGCCACCGUCGCAAGGCUGCUAACUUCUAUGUUGGCAAGCGAUGCGUUUACCUUUAUAAGGCGAAGAACCCCAAGAGGGCACCUGGCAGGGAUCGCCAUCAGUUGACGCAAGUCCGCUCGAUCUGGGGUCGCGUUUUCCGCACUCAUGGAAACUCCGGUGUCGUUCGCGCAAAGUUCCGCGUCAACUUGCCCGCUAAGGCAAUGGGCAACCGCGUCCGAAUCAUGAUGUACCCCUCGAACAUCUAAAUAAAUUGUGCGGCUUUCGAAGAGAUC